CAACAACCUCAAGACGGGCUAUAGAACUUGCAGUCUGCGCCGUAAACCAUGAACUCCGACAUCCCCAUACAAAUCGCCGAGACCAUCCAAACAGCGCACAUCAAGCGCGAUCCCUCUCCUUCGCACGACAUCAACCCCUCUACCGCUGCGUCCAAGCGCGAGCCUGCGUCCCUCCGGACCCAGACCAGUCACAGUCAACAUCAUGACUCACUAAUACCUGACGACGGGAUCGACGAGGACGAUGACGAGGAGGACUACGCACAGUCGGAAACAGAAACGGAUGAGGCGAGCGAAUACAACGUGGUCAAGUCCAGGCCCCGGCGCAACAUCCAUCACCUACCCCCGAUCCCGGACCUGCGGUACGAGCAGAGCUACCUGCACAGUCAUGAUGCCCCUAGUUCAAGGUCUCCUCUACAAUAUCCUAGUCUGCGGCUGGCAGUCCUGGAACCGAAACGCCCAGAUUCACGGCUCCUCGAUCGGAGCCCGGGUGCGGCGCUGGUGAACUUCGGCGGAGGCGGUGGCUACGGAGGAAGGGAGGGGAGGAAGGUGGUGGAGGCGUUCAGCCAGAACUUCCAGAGGGAGUUGGGCGGUGGUUACGCUUGAGUGGACAAACAGUUGUGGGAAAGGGGUCCAGAGGGAGUUGGGCGGUGGUUACGCUUGAGUGGACAAACAGUUGUGGGAAAGGGGCUUUAGGGAUGAAGGGUCUUUGCCUCGCUGCAUUGCACGGUGUUGUAAAUGGACUCGAAACAAGCAUCUUGACUUGAGCAUUCAUGGUAAGAUGUGAACAUUGGCCAUAUCCGACUGGCUGCAUGUCCGUUGGGUAAGAGACCGUCAUAUGCUGUGCACGCAAGAUUUCAACUUGUCUCAUAAAUAGGGAAUUCAAGGAUCGAGAUGCUAUCAUAACCAUAUAAUUGCUGGUCU